ACUUUGCUAUAAGUGAAGCAAAAAUAAAACAGGGCCAGCAUCCAUCUACCAGAAAUUAAUUUUAUCGACAUUUCGAUAUGUCAAAUGUGUGCGGAUCGAUGUAUGAUGCCAACUUAUCGAUAUAUACAUUUUUUAUUGCAAAAUUGAUUUGUUUGACACUCGAAGUUUCCUUAUAAAUCCAAAAUAAAAGAAAGUAUAAAGUUAUUAAAAACUAUCAAAAAGUGAAAAUCGGAAAAUCCAGCAGGGAAAGCUUCUCCCAAUUGCCUGCAGGGAGUGUAUUAAGUGCGGCAUUUGUCGAAAAAAGAAGAAAAAAAACGUCUCGCAAUUGCGACGAAGACGACGACAACGAACUUGAGCACACCAAUACACACUCAAUGAAAAGUGAUUGCAUGUCGCUUCUUAAUUUCAUCUGACGUCUCAACAUUUUGUUUGUUGAAAAAGAGAUUACAACUUUCAGGCAAGAACGUGUAUCCAGCGUUGAAAAGAAAAAUUUGUUGCGAAAUUGGUAACGGAAGGAGAACUCGAACCAUACAAUGACCACCUCCAUAGUUGAAGUUAUACAACAUUAUCAACGUAGCAUUGAUAAUAGUCAAGACAAUGAGGCCAGGCUUCUAUACUGUAUACAAAAACUAUACAAACUGCCCAUUAAAGUUGAACACCUGCAAGAAACUGGCGUAGGAAAGACUGUCAAUUCACUGCGGAAAUUUAAUGGUGAAAUAGGUGUUGCUGCUAAAAGUUUAGUAACAAAAUGGAAGGCUAUGGUGGCAGCCGAAGAAGAACCCAUGGACACCACACCACAAUCAUACGAGAAUGAAUCACAUCAUAAUGACCACGGGGGUGCCGAACCACCAUCACCCCAUAAUAACAAUCCAGAGGAAGAGGAGGAUGAUGCAAAUCUUAAUCAUACUACCACAACACAACACAAUGAGAGCAAGCAUUCGGGGCAUUCUGAAAAGGAUAGACACAAAGAACGCAAUCACGGUAGUAGUAGCACCCACCACAAAGAAUCUAGCAAUAAACAUUCAUCAUCUUCCUCGUCCAAGCACUCGAACGAUAAACAUAAGACAUCAUCUUCAUCAUCAUCAUCAUCAUCCAGAGAUAAGGAAGCUCACCACAAAUCUAGUAGUGGCAGCAAGGAGAGAGAGAAAGAGAAGACCGAACAUAAAUCUAGGGAUAAGCAUAAAGAAAAGGAUCACCAAAAAGAUAGAGAACGCAGUGAAAAGCGCAAAGAGGAAAAACACAAAUCUGAAAAGGAAUCCAAAACGGAUUUAAAUUCCAGUCACAAACAUAGUUCGAGUUCUAAGAACAAAAGCGAGGAUAGCCACAAUAAUAAUCAUCGUUCAUCCUCCAAGGAAAAAGGCGAUAAAGAGCGAACAGAGAAACAUAAAAGUUCUUCCAAGGAUAGGGACAAAUCAAAGGAGGAAAAAACUUCAUCUUCCUCAAAGGAAAAAAAUGAUCGCAAAUCUACAUCAUCCUCCACUUCCCACAAAUCAUCAUCAUCAUCAUCCACCAAAGAGCCCUCGGAAUCAACAGAACGCAAAAGACGGCAUAAUUCCGACACAGAAUCAAUUGAUUUCAAAUCACCACAGCCUAAAGUUGCCAAAACGCAAAAGUCCUCAAGCUCGGCCAAAGCUUCGCCCACCGAGGAUGAUGAUGGGGAAGAUGAUUGUUUUGAUUCUUCCAUGGGAACCAAUUUUGGCGACAUUCUGGGCAUGUUGAAUAUGCCAACAAGCAAGAAGAGCAAGAAAUCCAAUAAAACGCCAGCCAGCGAAAAGGAUAGUCCUCCCAAACCCUCAACAAGCAACAAGAAAAAUGGCAUGAAUGCAUCUCCUGUAGUAUACAGUCCUGUGUCAACAUCUAAACCGACAACAUCUAAACCGACAACAGCGAAACCUGAUCUUUUGUCGUCAACAGCGAAAUUGGAACCAUUAGAUCCAAAUAUAGCUUUAGAAUUACCCACAAUAUCGACAAAUUACAAACCUAUGCCACUCAAUCAAACUGUUAUGGACUGCGUUUUUAAUACCACUUCAAGUUCAUCCAAACCAAUGCGCACCCUAACCGAUGCUGAGGCCCUGCAUCACGGAAUUUCGUCAAAAACAAUGAGAACAAAAAUUUAUUCUGGAUCAAAAACUGGGCAAAUAUUUCAAGUACCAUCUCUAUUCGAUAUGUGUAUACGAAUCCUACAAAAGAAUAUCGAUGCUUUGGAGUACACUGGUGGUGUACCAUUCGAAGUAUUACGACCAGUUUUAGAAAGAGCCACACCAGAACAAUUGUAUGAAUUCGAGGAUUACAAUCGCUAUUUGAUGGAGGACAGUGAUGUGCUGUGGCAAGUGCAUGUUUCUAGAAAAUUUCGCACUCAGAAACGUUUGGAAAAUGAGUCAUGGAGAGAAAUGUUCAUACGCUGUCAAGAAGAAGAGGAACGCAGAUUAAGUUUCCUAAAAGACAGCAUCAAACAAUCACAGAAAAUCGCUGCGGCACCCGUGCGAAAGACACAAUUGGCGUUUGUCGAUUCGAUGGUGAAACCACCGCGUAAUGUAAUGCGCAAACAAGAGCAAUAUGGAACAAAAGCUAAACUAGUGGCCACACCAGCAGCCCGUGUUGCCUCAUUGCAAAAUGCCACACCGAAUGCAGCCAAAUCGGGUGAUCAACGUUUGAAAGUGUCACCAGCUGUAAGAGAUAAUGCUCAAGUUUCAAGUUCUGUGGUACGCAAUAAAAAGGCACCCCUAAUGCAGAAGACAUUGGCAUUCAUGCGGGGUCGUCUAAAGCGUUAGAAAGGAGCCAAGCAACCAACUACCUCUCCAGGGUGAUGAGUAUGUUGGUGAAGGAUCAUCUAGCCUUAGUUAUUUAUAGAUAAGGAAGCAAAAACAGAAAAUAAUUUAAAUUAUUUAACAGAAACAGAAAAGUGAUAGUCCUUUUUGUUUGCCUCAUACCACUUGUUUGGGUUUUCUAUUUUCUUAAACUUUUUAUCUUUUAUGGGUUUAUCAUCUUGAUGAGCCCUUUCUCUACUACACACUCAUCCAUCUUAUUUUACUAUAUCAGUCUUUUGUCUCCUCAUGCCACCAUCCACCCCCUCGAACUAAAAAAAAACAAAUUCCUCAAAAUCUAUAUACUCGUUAGUUCCACAUACCGUUCACUUGUACUUUACACCGUUUUAAUCCCUUUAAUGGAGCAUAAUUUUAUUUAUUAUAAUUGCAAACUUGAAGGAAACCACAGUUUGUCACCUUACAAAUCAAAGUAUGUUUUAUGUAUGACAGCAUCACAUCUUUCUCCUACGUACAUAGCCACAGAUAUGAUUUGUUUGGUUUUUUCUCUUAUUGUUAUUCAUAAAAAACAUAUGAAAAUAAACAUAUGCAGCUUUUUGUUUUUCUCCUGCCAACCACUUAAUAUCACAAUGAAAAUGUAAACUAUUUAUUUUUUUUCCUUUUCUUUCGUUGUAACGUGUAAUGAUUGCCAAUAUUGUUGUGCAUGUUAUAAGUUAUACCUACAUACCUACAAAAUAAUCGUUUAGAAUUGUAACAAACAUAAUAGCAAAAGUUAUGAAAAUAUUUUAAAUACAAUAAAAACAAAUAUCUCAAACCAAUAGCAAA